AUGUCGUCAACAUUAGAUGUAGCAUAUAAUUCAAUUCAACAUUCCUUUGAGACUGCUUCAAUCCGAACUAGUCAAUCUUCAUCGAAUUAUAAAACAUACGUUUCGUCUUCAUCGAUAUCAUUCGAAACUGAAAGUCAUAGUACUUCUGAAGAUAUACCAACGGAUUCUUGGUUGAUCGAUUUAGAAUCGAAACUUUCCAAUGAUGCAGUCUAUGAUGAAUUUAACUCGAUUCCAUCUUGUCGUUUGAAUCGUUUCAACGAAGACGGACGACAAUCCGAGAAUUCAUAUCGAAAUCGUUACAUCGACGUGAUCCCAUACAAUGACACACGUGUACGAUUGAUCCCAACACGUGACAAUCCCUAUGGUUAUAUCAACGCCUCACAUGUCAAAUUUGGUAUUGAAAAUACGGUUUAUUCCUACAUAGCCACAGAGUUUCCGCUGUUGUUAACAAUAGCGGACUUCUGGCGAAUGAUAUUUGAUUAUAAUGUACGUGUGAUUGUUAUGCUCCUUGGUGAUAAUGAAAUUCAAUUAGGUACAAAUUACUUUCCAAAGAUCAAAGAUAGAAAAUAUCGAACAGAACAUUUUGAAAUCGAACUAAUUUCCGAAAAGAAUCAUCGAGAUUUUUAUCUUCGUCAACUGACGAUCAAAAAUCUUCAUGCACAUGAAACACGAUCAAUCGCUCAUUUACAAUACUCGAUUUGGAAUCAAAAACAAUUGCCGUUAGACACUCUCUCAUUUCUGAAAUUCAUUAAUCUUGUUGAUUCAUUUCGACGACAUUAUGGUGAAACAUUGCCAUGUGUCAUUCAUUGUACUGCUGGAAUUGGCCGUACAGGAAUGUUUAUUCUCCUUCAUCUUAUGAUUCAAUGUAUAACAUUUAACAAGAAAAGCAGCGUCGCAAAUGUUUUAAAAGUCAUGCGUGAAUACCGUAUGUCGUUCGUCGAUCGAACUCAUUUCUAUAUCUUUGUUUAUCGCUGCCUGAUUCAGAUUAAACCACGACUUUUAACUGUACGAAAGGGAAAUUUUUUCAGAACAAACGUGCGGCAUUUACAUUCUUAUUCCCAGAAUCGACGUGCUAACGCAAAACAUCGUCUCGAUGAAGUCAUGCAUGAUACAUUGUUGAUCAUCAAAUCAUAUUUUCCGUCAUAUGCGACAAAACAAGCGAAAUCGGGACUACAAAUUGGCUUAGGGCGUCGGUACAUGAAUUCCACAGUUCCCACCAGUACUUAA